AAGAUCCGGCUCCGCUAUAAGAUCUUUGGCCAUGAUCGCGGUGAGGAGCGGCCUGUUCCUGGGGGCAGCCGGCGAUGUGGCGCAGCCUCGCAGUCUCCCGGACCGCGGCAUCUCCCACGUCCUCACCGUGGACUCGCAGGAACCGCCGCCUCUGGGGGACGUUUGCGCGAAGUUUGUGCGGGUGCUGGACGACCCGUGCACCGACCUGCUCAGCCUCCUGGACGAGUGCGUGGGCUUCGUGCAGCAGGGGACGGCGGGCGGCGCCGUGCUGGUGCAUUGUCAUGCAGGAGUCAGCAGAAGUGCCGCUGUAGUAACUGCUUAUAUAAUGAAAACUGAUAACCUGAGUUUUGAAGAGGCAUACAGUAAACUUAAAGCCAUUAAAUCAGAUGUCAAGAUAAAUGAUGAGUUUGUGAAGCAGCUAAAACUGUAUGAAGUAAUGGGCUAUAAAGUGGAUUUAACAAGUGCUGAUUACAAACAAUAUCGACUUGAGAAAGUCACUGAGAAGUACCCAGAACUGCAGAAUUUACCGAAGGAAUUAUUUGCAUUGGAUCCCAUGAGCCUGGGGAAAACCAGCGAAGCAAUCUACAGGUGCAGAAAAUGUAGGCGUUGUUUAUUUCGUGGCUCAAGUAAUUUGACUCAUGCACCUGGAACUGGACCAGCAGCCUUUGGUCACAAGAGGUUGACUCAAACCCGAGGUGGUGAUCAGACUAAAUGUACAUCUUAUUUCAUUGAACCAGUGCAAUGGAUGGAGCCUUCACUACUUGGUGUUUUGGAUGGACAGUUGCUUUGCCCAAAAUGCAACUGCAAGUUGGGAUCUUUUAACUGGCACGGUGAUCAGUGUUCCUGUGGACGUUGGGUGACUCCUGCUUUCCAGAUACACAAGAAUCGAGUUGAUGAAAUGAAACAUUUAAAUAUUGCCAGUGUUGAAAAUGUAAAUAGUUGAAUAAUACACCCGUUUGAUUGUACCCUGUACUUGCAAAGCUGGUUAAGUGAAGAAAAGUUUCCUCCUUAUUUCAUCUUAACUUAAACAGCAUAACCUGAUCAAGAAAAGGAAAUCACGGCAUUACUUGGGGUAGUUAACAUAUUUCCAGCAAAUAUUAUCUAAACAUCCAACAUUGUACUGCAAACUAUUUUUUAUAUGUAUGAAGGAACUGCAAACUAUUUUAAUAAAUGGACCAAGAAUUGUUUGAAAUAAAUACUUUAAGCAGU